AUGGCUUACGAUCAACAUGCAACAUAUGAGCCGCCGCGCCGGGGCUACUACGGACAAAUGGCUGCCCAACCUUCCGAGCAGGACAUGUACCAACAGAACAACAACGGUCCGUACAGUCGGCACGAUGCCUACGAGCAACCGCCGCCACAACAGCAGUAUGGCUACGAACAGUCCGCUCCUCGCAUGGAUUACGGCCAUGAGCAACAGGCGCGUGGCUACGCCGACGAUCGCGGGUACGAUCAGUCAUAUGAUCGCGGCCAGCAGAGUUACGACCAUGGAUACAAUCACAACUACCAGCAGGACGCCCGGCCAGCGCAGCGUGCGAUGCCACAGCAGAGUUACCAGCGGGACGAGAGGCCGGUCCAAGGUCGCGCAUACCAGGAGGAGAUGGGCGAUCGUUCCUACGACGCGCGUUACCAGCCGAGGGCCCCUCCACAGGGUCAAUAUCAAGGAUCUGCAGCAGGACCACCACGGCGACCAGAUGGCCAGCAAAUGCCUGCUCCACGGAACUUCGCAGGUCGACCACCCAAUGCGACUGAGAUGAGAGGUCCCCCUCCGAGACAGAACGGAUAUCCUCCACAACAACCGCCUGCUCAAUACGCUGGCCCAUCAAACCCCGCCCCGCCGCCGCAGUCGCAAGGUUAUGCCGCCGAGCGGACCGAUUCGAAGGACUUGCAGCACUUCGCGGCCAAGCCGGAAGUGAACUUGCGCUCGGCGCAGCCCAGCGGCAACUGGCCGAUCCCAAAUUCUGGGCUCCCCAACCAGCAGCCCGUCGAUGAUGGACGUCAUUAUUCCGGUCCUGCCGCCCAACGUCCGCAGACGGCGCAGGCCGCUGAACAAUGGCCGAUCCGCGCAGAGCCGCCGUCUCAGGCGGUGCGAGACGAUCGCCGUUCUCCCCCUCAGCCGAUGGAUCCCGGCCAUCCGGAUGCCUUGCCCCAUCAUCCGGUGCCGGUCCGAGCUGGACUUGCGCAGGCCAAUGGAGCCCAACAGCCGCAACCCGCGAGGCCAGCGCCGACGAGGAACCAUGCCAGCGCGCCUGGCCCAUCUGGGGGGCCUCCACGUCCAGCGUCGGGGGGUCCGGUCCAGGAACGCAUCACGAAGGCCGAGUUGGCGCGACUUCUCGCCGACGUCGAAGCGAAUCCGCACAACCCCAAACGCGCCUUGAUCUACGCCAAGAAACUCGUCGAAGCGUCGGUGGUCCUGGCGUCCGACGACGGCCGCGCCGACGCCAAGACGACGGCGAAGAACCGAGACCGCUACGUCACCGAUGCGUACAAACGCGUGAAGAAGCUCGCCGCCGGCGGAUACCCCGAGGCCAUGUUCUACCUCGCCGACUGCUACGGCCAAGGCCAGCUCGGCCUCGAACCCGACACCAAGGAGGCCUUCAGCCUCUACCAAGCCGCCGCCAAGGCCGGCCACCCCCAGGCCGCCUACCGCACCGCCGUCUGCUGCGAGAUGGGGCCGGACGAGGGCGGCGGCACCCGCAAGGACUUCCCCAAGGCCGUGCAGUGGUACCGGCGCGCCGCCACGCUCGGCGACACCGCCGCCAUGUUCAAGAUCGGGGUGGUGCUGCUCAAGGGCCUGCUGGGCGAGCAGAAGAACGUGUCGGAGGCGAUCAACUGGCUGAAGCGGGCGGCGGAGCGGGCCGACAAGGACACGCCCCACGCCCUCCACGAGCUCGCCGCGCUCUACGACACGGGCAACACGGCGCCGGAGAUCCGCAACAAGGUCGUCGCCGACGACGCCUACGCCCUCGAGCUGCUCGAGCGCGCCGCCGCGCUCGGCUACAAGUUCUCGCAGUUCCGCCUCGGCCAGGCCUACGAGUACGGCCACCUGGGCCUGCGCAUCGACAACCGGCUCAGCAUCACCUGGUACACGCGCGCCGCCGCCCAGGGCGAGCACCAGGCCGAGCUGGCCCUCUCGGGCUGGUACCUCACCGGCGCCGCCGGCAUCCUCGAGCACAACGACACCGAGGCCUACCUCUGGGCCCGCAAGGCCGCCGUCUCCGAGCCCCCGCUCGCCAAGGCCAUGUUCGCCAUGGGCUACUUCGCCGAGAACGGGAUCGGGUGCCCGGCGAGCAUGGAGGACGCGAAGAAGUGGUACGGCCGGGCAGCCUAUUAUAAAUUCCCCAAGGCCCUCGAACGCAUCGAGGAGCUCAAGCGGAACCCCAACAAGGGCGGCCGCGGCAACGACGCCAAACUGGGCCGCAAGGACCAGAAGCGCGACGAGGCCGAAUGUAGCGUCAUGUGA